AUGCACGACUUUGGUAUUGGCUCGCGAGGGGCUGCUGCCAUUUUCCUUGUACCCCUCCAUCCGAGGAUCGUCGAGUCGAGGGAAAUGGGUUUGACCGCUGAGCCGCCCCACCAAACGGCGCUGAAGAUUGGCUAUUGCUUGGUUGCAACUGGGGUACCACCAGCUUCCGACCGAAUUUAUGGGUCGUUUGGUGACGAGACUGGUCCGCUAGGUACUCGAUAUCGGCUGGACUAUCACCGUAUCUCGUCGUAG